AUGGGCAUCCAUGCUGUUAGCGUCAUGCUAGAGGCUCUCAAUAGAGAUGCCCAACAUGCUACUAUCGCCAAGUUCAUUCAAAAUGAACUUGACGCUGAACGCGAGAAAUUUGAACUGUUGAGACAGCAGCAGGCUGCUGCUGGCGGGUCGAUGCACUCGCGUCGACCCGAGACUUUGAAGAUCGACAUCUCCAAGUAUAGAGGGGUCGAAGAGGACUCCCUCUUGAGAUGGUUCGUCGAAUUGGAUGACGCCAUAAGGGCGAGUCGCAUCGACGACGGGGAUAUGCAAGUUGCAUUUGCCCAGUCAAAUCUGGCAGGACGUGCCAAGACUUGGGCACUGGGGCUCAAGUUGCACGACCCAUAUGCGUUUGGGUCGUUGGAAGUCUUCAAGUCGCGGCUCAGACAAACGUUUGAACCGCCUAGAGCUGAGUUCAGAGCUCGAACCGAAAUCUUGAAGCUCAAACAGGGUAAGCGUGAUGUGCACGCUUACGCGCAACAUAUACGACAUCUCACGAGUUGUAUAAGUUCCAAUCCGGUGGAUGAACACACGUUGGUUUCGGUGUUCAUGCAAGGUCUUGCGGAUGGUCCCGUCAAGACUCACCUGUUCCGGCUUGAACUAGAUUCACUAGAACAAGCCAUUUCCAUUGCGGAGCAGGAAGACUUCAGUCUGAGACAGGCUCGCGCCAGCUCGACAUCAUAUCGUCAACCGAGACGAUAUGACAACGGAGGUCCAGAGCCGAUGGAACUCUGUUAUGUAGAGAGCGAGAAGGCUCGCUCUACAGGCUACAAGAAGUUGCAGAGAUGCAACAGAUGUCAAAAGACAGGACACUACGCUUACGAGUGUAGUGCCCCUCGUCCAGUGUCUCGCGACACUGGGCGUAGUGACCGUCCACCCAUGAGAAAGGGGCAGGGACGAGGGUCCGUAGUUGGUGCAAAGACGCAACAACUAGAUGGACCGUAA